CAAAUCCUCUUACCCACCUCACCUAUCAUAAACCCGAUUUUUACUCGAAAUGUUGUCCAAGAUUACCCUGGCAUCUGCAUUGGCCCUUGCUGGCUCUGCUGCCGCACAGACCGUACACGAAGUUCGUGUUGUUGAGGGACAAUUGGCAUUCGAGCCUACUUCCAUCUCAGACGUGGCAGAGGGUGACAGCAUUCGAGUGGCAUUCGACCCAAGCAUUCCACACAAUGCUAUUUCCGGAUCAUGGGACAGCCCUUGCCAGUACAACAGCGACGCGAAUGUCGACUCUGGCGUUCUCACUGCCAGCGAUGGCGUUUUUGUUUUCCAAGUGAACUCCACCGAUCCUGCAGUGUACUACUGCUCAGUCGGCUCUCAUUGCCAGGCUGGCAUGGCUUUUGUCAUCAACCCAAGCGGAGAAAACACUAUCGAGAGCUACGUCUCAGGUGCUGAAGGUACCUCCUCUGGCCAGCCCACUGGAGAUGCUCCUUCCGGGGGAGUCGUCCAGGCUGCCGACGCACCAGUAGGCGGCGGUGAGAGCGGCGACGACAACAGCUCAAGCGCAGAGCCAACCAUGUCCGAGACUAGCAGCGCUUCGAUGCCUGCCAGCACCGAGCCCUCUGCGACUGAGAGCAUGGCUUCAACAACAGAGUUGAUGUCCCCAGCUACCCAGACACCUGGUAGCGAUGCCUCUGGCCUCAAAUCAGGUUUCGCUAUGGCUGGCGCCCUCGUUGCAGGUGCCGCAGCUUUCGCUUUGUAGGGAACUAUUUGGAGAUGAGAUGGAAAGCAUGCAAGCAAAAGCAAGGACAUGAAUGAAUACGACUUUGUAUAUCAAUUCAC